ACUCUGGCCCCAAGCGUUCCCAGUUACACCACUUCCACCCUGGCCUCCAGUGUUCCCAGUUACACCACUUCCACCCUGGCCCACAGUGUUCCCAGUUACACCACUUCCACUCUGGCCCACACUGUUCCCAGUUACACCACUUCCACCCUGACCCCCAGUGUUCCCAGUUACACCACUUCCACUCUGUACCACACUGUUCCCAGUUACACCACUUCCACUCUGUCCCACAGUGUUCCCAGUUACACCACUUCCACCCUGACCCACAGUGUUCCCAGUUACACCACUUCCACCCUGACCCCCAGUGUUCCCAGUUACACCACUUCCACUCUGGCCCACAGUGUUCCCAGUUACACCACUUCCACUCUGGCCCCAAGUGUUCCCAGUUACUCCACUUCCACCCUGGCCCCCAGUGUUCCCAGUUACACCACUUCCACCCUGGCCCACAGUGUUCCCAGUUACACCACUUCCACUCUGGCCCACACUGUUCCCAGUUACACCACUUCCACCCUGACCCCCAGUGUUCCCAGUUACACCACUUCCACUCUGGCCCCCAGUGUUCCCAGUUACACCACUUCCACUCUGGCCCCAACUGUUCCCAGUUACACCACUUCCACUCUGGCUCCCAGUGUUCCCAGUUACACCACUUCCAUUCUGGCCUCCAGUGUUCCCAGUUACACCACUUCCACUCUGGCCCACAGUGUUCCCAGUUGCACCACUUCCACUCUGGCCCACAGUGUUCCCAGUUACACCACUUCCACUCUGGCCUCCAGUGUUCCCAGUUACACCACUUCCACCCUGACCCACAGUGUUCCCAGUUACACCACUUCCACUCUGGCCCACAGUGUUCCCAGUUACACCACUUUCACUCUGGCCCCAAGCGUUCCCAGUUACACCACUUCCACCCUGGCCUCCAGUGUUCCCAGUUACACCACUUCCACCCUGGCCCACAGUGUUCCCAGUUACACCACUUCCACUCUGGCCCACACUGUUCCCAGUUACACCACUUCCACCCUGACCCCCAGUGUUCCCAGUUACACCACUUCCACUCUGUACCACACUGUUCCCAGUUACACCACUUCCACUCUGUCCCACAGUGUUCCCAGUUACACCACUUCCACCCUGACCCACAGUGUUCCCAGUUACACCACUUCCACCCUGACCCCCAGUGUUCCCAGUUACACCACUUCCACUCUGGCCCCCAGUGUUCCCAGUUACACCACUUCCACUCUGGCCCCAACUGUUCCCAGUUACACCACUUCCACUCUGGCUCCCAGUGUUCCCAGUUACACCACUUCCACUCUGGCCUCCAGUGUUCCCAGUUACACCACUUCCACUCUGGCCCACAGUGUUCCCAGUUGCACCACUUCCACUCUGGCCCACAGUGUUCCCAGUUACACCACUUCCACUCUGGCCUCCAGUGUUCCCAGUUACACCACUUCCACCCUGACCCACAGUGUUCCCAGUUACACCACUUCCACUCUGGCCCACAGUGUUCCCAGUUACACCACUUCCACUCUGGCCCCAAGCGUUCCCAGUUACACCACUUCCACCCUGGCCUCCAGUGUUCCCAGUUACACCACUUCCACCCUGGCCCACAGUGUUCCCAGUUACACCACUUCCACUCUGGCCCACACUGUUCCCAGUUACACCACUUCCACCCUGACCCCCAGUGUUCCCAGUUACACCACUUCCACUCUGUACCACACUGUUCCCAGUUACACCACUUCCACUCUGUCCCACAGUGUUCCCAGUUACACCACUUCCACCCUGACCCACAGUGUUCCCAGUUACACCACUUCCACCCUGACCCCCAGUGUUCCCAGUUACACCACUUCCACUCUGGCCCACAGUGUUCCCAGUUACACCACUUCCACUCUGGCCCCAAGUGUUCCCAGUUACUCCACUUCCACCCUGGCCCCCAGUGUUCCCAGUUACACCACUUCCACCCUGGCCCACAGUGUUCCCAGUUACACCACUUCCACUCUGGCCUCCAGUGUUCCCAGUUACACCACUUCCACCCUGACCCACAGUGUUCCCAGUUACACCACUUCCACUCUGGCCCACAGUGUUCCCAGUUACACCACUUCCACCCUGACCCACAGUGUUACCAGUUACACCACUUCCACUCUGGCCCACAGUGUUCCCAGUUACACCACUUCCACUCUGGCCCACAGUGUUCCCAGUUACACCACUUCCACUCUGGCCCACAGUGUUCCCAGUUACACCACUUCCACUUUGGCCCCUCGUGUUACCAGUUACACCAUUUCUACUGUGACCCAUAGUGUUACUGGCUACACCACUUCCAGUCAGUCCACGAGUGGUAGUCCAUGA